CAGCAGAGCCCAGAGUGACAUUGAGACCUGCGUCCAUUACUGAAUCUAUUAUUAGUUCAUCAUUAACUUAAUUCCUCUCAGUUCAACUCUAACUGUCUGCUCAGGAUGGCACAUGAUUGGCAGGGAGGUAGAAGUAGGAGUCACCAACGAUAUGAGGAAGAUGAUGAAGAACCCCAGCCAGUGUAUAUUGGUGUUCCGUUAACACACGGUUACAGUAAAAGGAGACGGCGUAAACACCGCUCCCAACGCGAGAAACAUCACACCCACCAUGACCAACACACACAGCACGAACACACACACCAUGACCAUCACUAUGACAACCAGGAACACUAUGAAGAUGAGGAGGAGAUGGAACAACAUGACAUAUUUCACCCUGACUCCACAGUGUCCCCGGCGGCGGAGAGGCUGCGUUACAUCCUGGGUGAAGAUGAUGACUUGCCGACGCCCACUCUGUUCACAGAGAUGGACACACUUCAACACGAUGGAGACGAUAUGGAGUGGAAAGAGUCUGCUAGGUGGGUGAAGUUUGAGGAGAAGGUGGAGGAGGGAGGAGAGAGGUGGAGUAAGCCCCAUGUGUCCACCUUGACCCUCCACAGUCUGUUUGAGUUGAGGACCUGUAUACAGACUGGCAGUGUACUGCUUGAUCUGGAGGGAUACUCACUGCCAGAGAUAGUGGAUGACAUUGUGGAUCGCCAGAUAGCUGAUGGUCUCAUUGGUCCAGAGCUGAGGGAGAAGGUCAGCUUCGUGUUGCUACGGAAACAUCGCCACCAGCAUAAGAAACCCAUGCAUCGCUCACUAGCCGACAUGGGCAAAUCAAACAAUUGCCCCGCCAGCCGUAGUCCCCAAUCUGUUCAUAAUGCCAGCCGUACUAAUUUCAGUCGUAGUCCUAGUUCAGCCUCUGGCAUCCAUCGUUCUACAGAAGACCUACGUGCCAAGUCAGGCAGCCUUGCCCGCCUGCAUCAUGCACAAAGCCGAAGUAUGAACGACAUUUCAGACACACCAAGCACAGACCAGCUGAAGAACAAGUUCAUGAAGAAGAUUCCUCGUGAUGCCGAGGCGUCUAACGUUCUGAUUGGAGAAGUGGACUUCCUGGACAAACCAUUUGUAGCGUUCGUACGUCUGGCCCAAGCUACCACACUGGGAGGCCUGACCGAGGUCCCCGUACCUACCAGGUUUCUGUUUGUCUUGCUUGGUCCUCAUGGCAAAGGCAAGUCCUACAACGAGAUUGGUCGAGCCAUUGCUACGCUCAUGGUGGAUGACUUGUUUAGUGAUGUGGCGUAUAAAGCCCGGGACCGUGAUGACCUGAUCGCUGGGAUUGAUGAGUUUCUGGAUGAGGUCAUCGUUCUGCCACCAGGGGAGUGGGACCCCAAAAUACGCAUCGAGCCCCCCAAGAAAGUCCCCUCUGCCGACAUGAGGAAGUCUGUGCUGAACCUGAACGAGCUGGGCCAGGUAAACGGGGCAGUUGGGGGGGCAGGAGGAGGAGAGGACGAGGAGAUGCCCGCCCCCCACGAGCUGGGAGAGGAACUGCAAUUCACUGGCAGGUUCUGUGGGGGCCUGUGGCUGGACAUUAAGAGGAAGGUUCCAUGGAUCCUUAGUGAUUUCUCCCAGGGAUUCCACAUCCAGUCCAUCUCUGCUGUGCUGUUCAUCUACCUGGGCUGCAUCACCAACGCCAUCACCUUUGGAGGCCUGCUGGGAGAUGCCACAGACAACUACCAGGGUGUGAUGGAGAGUUUCCUAGGUACAGCGUUAGCAGGUACAGUGUUCUGUCUGUUAGGAGGUCAACCUCUCAUCAUCCUCAGUUCCACUGGACCCAUCCUCAUCUUUGAGAAACUGCUCUAUGAGUUCUGCAAGUCUAACACUAUAGAUUAUAUGGAGCUGCGUCUGUGGAUUGGUCUCCACUCCUGCCUGCAGUGUCUGAUCCUGGUCGCCACGGACGCCAGUUACAUCAUCAAAUACAUCACGCGCUUCACUGAGGAGGGCUUCUCCAGCCUCAUCUCCUUCAUCUUCAUCUCUGAUGCCAUUAAGAAGAUGGUGGGAUCCUUCAAGUACUACCCUAUCAACCGUGGCUUCAAGCCUGACUACGUUACCUCAUACAAGUGUGAAUGUAUCGCACCAGACCAGGUUCCACUAGCGGACGAUAACAUGACUGAUUUGUAUAACAUAACAGGUCUGGACUGGAGUCAGCUGAGUAAGAAGGAGUGUGUGAAGUAUGGCGGCGCCCUGUUGGGAAACACCUGUAAGUACGUCCCUGACCUGGCCCUCAUGUCCUUCAUCCUGUUCUUCGGGACCUACUCCAUGACCGUCUCACUCAAGAAGUUCAAGACCAGCCGGUACUUCCCCACCAUGCUGAGGAAGCUGAUCAGUGAUUUCUCCAUCUUCAUGUCAAUCAUGACAUUUGUGGGUCUGGAUAUGCUUGUAGGGCUGGACACACCCAAACUAAUCGUACCCACAGAGUUUAAGCCGACGCGUCCAGACCGUGGCUGGUUGGUGAUGCCGUUUGGUAAGAACCCGUGGUGGGUGUACGUGGCCAGCGCCGUUCCUGCUCUCCUGGUCACCAUCCUCAUCUUCAUGGACCAACAGAUCAGCGCUGUCAUCGUCAACCGCAAAGAGAACAAACUCAAGAAAGGUUGUGGGUACCAUCUGGACCUGUUCUGGGUGGGUAUUCUGAUGGCAGUGUGUUCCUUCCUGGGCCUGCCCUGGUACGUGGCUGCCACUGUCAUCUCCAUCGCCCACAUCGACUCUCUGAAGAUGGAGAGUGAGUCCAGCGCCCCAGGAGAGCAGCCCCAGUUCCUGGGAGUCAGGGAACAGAGGUUGACGGGUAUUCUGGUGUUUGUCCUAAAUGGAGUCUCCAUCUUCCUAGCUCCUGUCCUGCAGUACAUCCCCAUGCCUGUUCUCUACGGUGUCUUCCUUUACAUGGGAGUGGCCUCACUUGCUGGAAUACAGGUACAUUUCACGUGUGUGUGUGUGUGUGUUUGUUUAUGUGCUUACUCACCCUCCUCCUCUUUCCUUCCUAGUUCUGGGAACGUAUAAAGCUGUACCUGAUGCCAGCCAAGCACCAGCCAGACUUCUCCUUCCUGCGUCAUGUUCCUCUGAGGAGGGUUCACCUGUUCACCCUGGUCCAGAUCAUCUGUCUGGCUGUCCUCUGGAUCCUCAAGUCUACUGUC